AAGUCUCCCCCACCCCAGGGUGUGUCACUUCCUCCUCUGCAGCCUCCCAGAUCAGUGCACAAAGGCUGCUGCUGCCGCCAGAGGAAGAGCUGCUCUGCAUGCACCUAUGUGGAGACUAGGCCUAGAAAGUCUGACUUGCCACACAGCCAGUGAGUGACUGAGGCAGGACCAGAAUUCAGUUGGUUUCCUGUUUGGUUCUACCUCUACUACGGCUUGGAAUCUUGGCUAUGGCGGCUUUGUCAGUGGUCCUUGUUUUCCUGCUGGCCCUGAGCAGAAGUGAGAGUGAAUUGGAUGUCAAGGUCCCAUCCCCAGGAGAGGCCACAGAAUGGGGGGAUUCUGACCUGUUCCUGCCAGGGUCCUGCCAACCAGCACCAUCCUGCCAGAAGUGCAUCCUCUCACAUCCCAGCUGUGCAUGGUGCAAGCAACUGAACUUCACCGCCUCUGGGGAGGCGGAGGAGCGGCGCUGCGCCCGGCGCGAGGAGCUGCUGGCUCGGGGCUGCCCGCGGGAGGAGCUGGAAGAGCCCCGCGGCCGGCAGGAGGUGCUGCAGGACGAGCCGCUCAGCCAGGGAGCCCGCGGCGAGGGGGCCACACAGCUGGCGCCGCAGCGGGUCCGGGUCACGCUGAGGCCCGGGGAGCCCCAGCAGUUCCGGGUCCGCUUUCUCCGUGCCGAGGGAUACCCGGUGGACCUGUACUACCUUAUGGACCUGAGCUACUCCAUGAAGGAUGACCUGGAAAGCGUGCGCCAGCUCGGGCACGCCCUGCUGGUCCGGCUGCAGGAGGUCACCCAUUCUGUGCGCAUUGGUUUUGGCUCCUUUGUGGACAAAACAGUGCUGCCCUUUGUGAGCACAGUGCCCUCCAAGCUACGCCACCCCUGCCCCAGCCGGCUGGAGCGCUGCCAGCCACCCUUCAGCUUCCACCAUGUGCUGUCCCUAACGGGGGAUGCUCAGGCCUUCGAGCGGGAGGUGGGGCGCCAGAGUGUGUCUGGCAACCUGGACUCUCCUGAAGGUGGCUUUGACGCCAUUCUGCAGGCUGUACUCUGCCAGGAGCAGAUUGGCUGGAGAAAUGUGUCCCGGCUGCUGGUGUUCACUUCAGAUGACACAUUCCACACAGCUGGGGAUGGGAAGUUGGGCGGCAUUUUCAUGCCCAGUGAUGGGCACUGCCACUUGGACAGCAAUGGCCUCUACAGUCGCAGCCCAGAUUUUGACUAUCCCUCCGUGGGUCAGGUAGCCCAGGCCCUCUCUGCAGCAAACAUCCAGCCCAUCUUUGCUGUCACCAGUGCCACACUGCCUGUCUACCAGGAGCUGAGUAAGCUGAUUCCUAAGUCCGCAGUGGGGGAGCUGAGUGAGGACUCCAGCAAUGUGGUACAGCUCAUCAUGGAUGCUUAUAAUAGUCUGUCAUCCACCGUGACCCUCGAACACUCUAAACUCCCUCAUGGGGUCCGCAUCUCUUACGAAUCCCAGUGUGGGGGUCCUAAGAAGAAGGAGGGUGAGGCUGGGGACCGAGGACAGUGCAACCAUGUCCGAGUCAACCAGACGGUGAAUUUCUGGGUUACUCUCCAAGCUACCGAUUGUCUCCUCGAGCCCCAUCUCCUGCGGCUCCGGGCCCUUGGCUUCUCAGAGGAGCUGAUUGUAGAGCUGCACACACUGUGUGAUUGUAACUGCAGUGACACCCAGCCCCAGGCUCCCCACUGCAGUGAUGGCCAGGGGAACCUACAAUGUGGUAUAUGCAGCUGUGCCCCUGGCCGCCUGGGUAGGCUCUGUGAGUGCUCUCAGGCUGAGCUGUCCUCUCUGGAUCUGGAAUCUGGGUGCCGGGCCCCCAAUGCGACAGGGCCCCUGUGCAGUGGGAAGGGACGGUGCCAGUGCGGACGCUGCAGCUGCAGUGGCCACAGCUCCGGGCGCCUGUGCGAAUGCGAUGAUGCUAGCUGCGAGCGACACAAGGGCAUCCUUUGUGGAGGCUUUGGCCGCUGCCAAUGUGGAGUGUGUCACUGUCACGCCAACCGCACGGGCAGAGCAUGCGAAUGCAGUGGGGACACGGACAGCUGUGUCAGUCCUGAGGGAGGGCUUUGCAGUGGGCACGGACACUGCAAAUGCAACCGCUGCCAAUGCUUGGACGGCUACUAUGGUGCUCUGUGUGACCAGUGCCCAGGCUGCAAGACACCAUGUGAGAGACACAGGGACUGUGCAGAAUGUGGGGCCUUUGGGACUGGUCCCCUGGCCACCAAUUGCAGCACGGCUUGUGCCCAUGCCAAUGUGACCUUGGCUUUGGCCCCUAUCUUGGAUGAUGGCUGGUGCAAAGAGAGGACUCUGGACAACCAGCUGUUCUUCUUCCUGGUGGAGAAUGAGGCUGGAGGCAGGGUCAUGCUGAGAGUGAGACCCCCAGAAAAGGGAGCAGACCACACACAGGCCAUUGUGCUGGGCUGCAUAGGGGGCAUCGUGGCAGUAGGACUGGGGUUGGUCCUGGCUUAUCGGCUCUCAGUGGAAAUAUAUGACCGGCGGGAAUACAGUCGCUUUGAGAAGGAGCAGCAGCAACUCAACUGGAAGCAGGACAGCAACCCUCUCUACAAAAGCGCCAUCACCACAACCAUCAAUCCCCACUUUCAAGAGGCAGAAGGUCCUCCUCUGUGAAGCAGGGGAGGGACACUUAUCCCAAAGCUCUUCUUUCUGAGAGGGCAGUGGGAACUGGGUGGGGGUGGGUUGUCUAUUAGGCAGCAGACUGGCAGGGGAUUAAUCCACUGCUGAGGAGUGGUUACCACCCUAUUCAUUUUCAGAGUGACACCCAAGAGGGCUGCUUCCUACUGCUGCCACCUUGCUUCCUUACCUCACAAGGAGUCUUACAAAUAUACAAUAAAGAGUCUUACCUCAGACCACA